AUGUCUGCCAACGAUCCUUUCUCAUUUGUGGAUGCCGAACCCAAGCCAGCGGCCAAGAAACCCCACUGGAGGGAUAAAUUGUUUUCAAGAGACAAACCUAAGAACAAUGCGGACCAGCAGGUUGAGGCAUUUUUGGCACCUGUUCGUUCCAAGUCUGUAUCUCACGCUGGCUACACGGGGUCCUAUACCCAGAGGGAGAUACCCGCCCCCCCUCGCCUGGAUGUUUCUCAUCGAUGGAAGUCCUCGCGGGACGCUCAAAAUGCAUCUCCCGUCUCAACCCCAUCGCCGUCUACUGACGCUUAUCCAAUUCCGACCAUCCCAAGCGCGCCGCCGCCUAAGAUUCGGAAAAACAAGGGGCUGAAGGUUAAGUUCGCCAAUGGGGCUCCCGAAUGUAUCGGAGAGGGCGGGGACGAGUCUGAGAUACCAACCAUUGAGAUUUCAUUUAAUCGGACUCGUAGCCAUAGUCAGACUUCGAGUCGACUGAAUGAUGCCGAUAACGUGCAGGCUGGAAGCCCUCAUCUUCGACUAGACACUUCUUUUAACGAUAGCCUAAAGCCAGGUGAUGGCGGCAGUCCGCAAAACCGACCACCACUGCUUGUUAAGAACACGCAAGAUGCAGAUUUCUUGAUGGCAUUAAAUCUCGGCGAUACUGGUUCUCGCUUGUCCUUCAGGGCUUCUCCCGGGGCGGAUUCAGUCGCUCAGCGUAUUCGUGCGAAGAUGGAAGUUGAAGAGGGUCGUGCAUUACAACAGAAAUACGAAGAACCCACCUCACCACAAAAUGAGAAGUCUCCAGAGAGCCCUAGUUCAUUAUACGAGACGCCGCCGAUAUCUGAAACAGAGGCUGCAGCUCCGCCGAGUCCAGCCCGUACGCCACCAAGGUCUCCUCCAAGUCCGCCAAACGCUCCAAGCCCUCCCCCGAUGAACCGCUCUGCGAACCCUGAUGAUCUCAUGCUUCCUCCUGGCCUGGCGCCUGGUGGUAAUACGAAGAGCCUAUCACCCCCAAAACCUCAACCCUCAAUACCUCAACUGGCGCCAAAUGACGUUGCUAGCGAUGAGCUUCGCCCGUCAGGCCGGGAUAGCCGUACUACAUCUACAAGCCCACAGCCACCGAAAUAUUCACUGCGGUCAGUUGCGAACCAAUUUGGCGAGGUAGCUUAUGCCGAAUUCAAACAGUAUGUGGCAGGGUAUGAACAGGAGAUACAACUUGCCGCAGAGGACGUCAAGCCUUUGAUGGAGACGUCACUCACCGAGUGGGUGAGGGCGGCGGUAUGGUGGUUCAUGCGCGGAAAGAAAAGACUGGAAGCAUACGCACGCUCGCGUGGCUCUAACUCAAGGCCGGGCUCCCGCCCGUCUCCGGAGAUGGCACAGCAGGCUGUGAUCGAUCUCUUCAAGGCGCUGUGGAUCAGCGAGAACAUUGUUCCUCAGCAUCAGGAAGUAACCCGAUAUGGCACAAUGGGAACUGAUGCAAUUCUGGCCGUGGCCAGCACAACGGGUGAUAGACAGCUGUCGGACCUUCUAGGGAUGCAUCAAUCCGUGUUGAGUCACCUGCGCUCGUUGACCGUAUCGAUAAAACGAAACAAUAUCCUCGCUGCUAUACCCCCUGGAACUGAAUCCGAUAUAAGCGUAUGGGUGAGAUAUCCCUUUUUCGCACCCGAUGUGUCCGCAGUCCUUUCAGGGGCAACCUCAAGAUCAAUGUUGCUGGACAACUCUGGAAAAGCGCCGACCUUUGUACAUAUGAUGCCUUUAGGCGACAACAGCCGCUACUUUAGCUUUGGGAGUAUGUUUGUUGAAGUAUCUGUGAGCUCAAGUGAAGACGACAGUCAACAGUUCUCCAUGCCGUGUGCGUUGUCUAUAAUCCGUGACCGCGCGGAUUGGUAUGUUUUUGCGGCAAUCACUAGCCAGAGUGACCUGGUCAAUGUGAUGAUUCAGUCCGACAAAAAGAAAGGACCGACAUGGGAUGAUGUUGAUUGGCAGAUUCGGACACACUCUAUGAGAGUCAAACUACCGCGGAAUUUCGAAUUAGACGUCAUGUUUAAGGAGGAUGAUUUCAAAAUGCUCUGGAACAUCGUCAAUUACACGCGGAAAACGGAGGCCAGUCUACAGCCAGAAGCUGGCGAAUCGGUGAUAUUCGAAUGCACGUUGAAGUUGUUCCAGUACAUGGACCCAGGGACGCCGAAGGCUUUCCCGCCGGAAUCUAUUGAGCGGUGCCGUGUCCGGUUAUUCGAGCGCUCAGUAGUUGUGACCGAAGGCACCGGCACUCGAAACGCCCAUCGUGGUUUCCGAAUAACGGUGUUGACAUCACCCAAAGUGAAAACUCUGAGUAGUGUACGCCAUAUCCUGGGAUACGGAGCGCCGGUGCUCUUUGGUCUGCUACGGGGUGAAGACGGAGCUCCGGCACUAGUCCUCAAUGUCAAGGAAGACGGUCGCAGCCGGUCUAUGUUGAUGACUUUCCAGGAAGUUCGCGAACGGACCACGCUUCACUCCUUGCUUUUGGCCAUGUUGCCGAAGCAAAGAGAGCUCAAGGUCGCGGACGUCCCGAUUCGAGCAUAUACCAUCGAACAGCCGUCCGACAAGGCGACCGGCCAGCCACCGCAACAGCACCUGCAAUUUCCUGCAGGAACGGUGUGCGUUAUCGAUCAAGAGCUUGACUACGUUGACCAUGGAUAUGGCCCAACAGUCCUUUCUGAGCACCUGCGGGCAUUCGUUGCAUCGGACUGGGGGUCUGUAACGGAUCGGAUUAAUCUUGGACCCGGCGAACUGAAAUUGGGCUUGGAUGUUAACAACCGGACGGGCCUUAGUCUGUAUAGGCCCGCUCAACAAGACUUGACUGUUUCAGCCGCAGAGAACCUCAUUCCACCGGACAUGCAAGAUCGAUUGACGGAUUUUCUCCAGUUAUCCAUGGCAAAGCCAAUGGUUCGGCGGUUUGAUUUCAUGACGCUCAAGGGUCUACAUGAAUUCCAGCAAGCCAUUACAGGGUUCACAGUGCUCUUCGAUAGUAUUGCUUCCUCGUUUAUGAUAUCCCGUCGCCGGAUGGUGGUCCCCAUCACUAAGAAAUGGGAGUCAAGUAUGGCUAGGGUUCAGAUUGUGCGUCAUGAUAAGGUGGUCCAACUGGUGGCAUUCCUGAACGACUUCAGUCACGGAAGGUGCUUGAACUUUGUUCUGAAGGGUACCGAUACCCUGGAGGGCUUCAACCGGUCCGGGAAGUACGGUGUUCGCAUUGUUGACGCCAAAUUUGCGCUUCCAAAGACCGAUGAUGAUGCUUCAUCAGAUUUUGUCUGUCUUGACAUGCCAGACUAUCCUAGUGAGCACGAUGAUAUUACUAUCGCCUUCGACACCGAGGCUGACAAGUUGAUCCCGUUAGCCGAUCUCAGUGGAUAUGACGAACCGGAUAAAACAUCCCACGUCUACUCCCGCCUAUCAGCUCCCAAUCCCACUCGAUUCGAAGCCAUUCUCUCAUCCCUCCUCGGCGGCGAAGCUAUCAGUUACUCGUCCGGCCUGUCGGCCUUCCAUGCGGCCCUUGUCCUGCUUAAUCCUCGUCGGAUUUCGAUUGGUAACGGAUAUCACGGAUGUCAUGGUGUGAUCGACAUGUUCAGCCGCCUGACUGGCAUGCAGAAGCUGGAUUUGAAUUGCCCGGCUGACCAGUUGGAGGCCGGGGAUGUCAUACACUUGGAAACUCCGGUCAAUCCCGAAGGAACCUCCUUUAAUAUUGAGGAGUUUGCGAAGAAGGCACACUCGCGAGGAGCCUAUCUUAUAGUAGACGGGACCUUUGCGCCGCCCCCUCUCCAAGAUCCGUUCCAAUGGGGCGCUGACAUAGUGAUGCAUUCUGGGUCCAAGUAUUUCGGUGGACACAGCGACGUUCUCUGUGGAGUCCUUGCUACAAGAAACAAAGAAUGGUCACGUCGGUUGUUCCAGGACCGGCUAUUCCUGGGAAGCGUGAUGGGCAACAUGGAGAGCUGGCUGGGUGUCCGGAGCUUGCGAACUCUGGAGGUCCGGGUCCAACGACUGAGCCAAAACGCAACCAGCCUAGUAUCGUGGCUCCACAACGCACUGCAGGCGCAGAACCCCAGUUCUGGAAGCGACGAGGAAGUGACACAGAAAGCCCUCAAGGAGGUCUUCCACUCCAGUCUGCAAAAGGCGGACGAGCCAUGGCUGCUAAAGCAGAUGCCAAAUGGCUUCGGGCCAGUUUUCUCGAUCACAAUGAAGGAAGAAGAUUACGCACGCAAGUUGCCAAGCAAACUCGACUUGUUCCAGCACGCGACUAGCCUUGGAGGCGUCGAGUCGUUGAUCGAAUGGCGCACGAUGACUGACAAGUCGGUGGACCGCCGGCUGCUGCGUGUCAGCGUUGGGCUGGAAAACUGGGAGGAUCUUCGUCGGGAUUUGAGGAAAAGAAUGUCCUUCCAAAUCCACUACUUCUCCUCCGCCUCCACCUACACAGGCAAAAACACCGAGCGCCUGCCCGCCCCGUUGCCACUGGCCGCCCUCUUCGAUACCCUGGAAGCACGAUACCCAGGGAUGAAGGAGAAGGUCCUGAGCAGCUGUAGUGUUAGUUUGGGGGAUGAGUAUGUUGAUGCCGAUGUGAACCUUGAUGGUGGUGAUGCUGGGGUGGUGAUUGGGGCUGGCGAUGAGGUUGCGAUUAUUCCGCCUGUUAGCUCGGGGUAA